AUGGAAAGGAGUAAGGUGCUUGUGGUUGGUGGUACUGGGUACCUGGGGCGUAGGAUUGUUUCUGCAAGCCUAUCCCAAGGCCACCUAACGUAUGUUCUUCAAAGGCCAGAGAUUGGCCUUGACAUUGAUAAGCUCCAAAUGCUCUUGGCAUUCAAGAAGCGAGGGCCUCACCUUGUGGAGGGCUCAUUUUCUGAUAUGGAAAGCCUUGUCCGUGCUGUCAAUUGCUUGUUGAUGUUGUCAUCUGCCCCAUAUCUGGGGUACAUAUUCGGAGUCACAACAUUUUGCUGCAGCGCCAGCUUGUUGAAGCCAGUGGCUGACCUAGACUUUUUUCCAUCUGGGGGCAGAAAAAACAAUUUCAUAGCUGACUCCUACAAAGUCUAG